UAAUAUAAGCUCUCGUGCCUUCUUCUGCGCCACCUUCGAUUUAUUAUUAUUGUUCUUACCCAUUCCGCUUUCUCUAAUUCCAAAUAAUUCUCCUCCCUUUGUUCUUCAGCCAUAACUCUCUGAGUCUGAGGUUUCCAAAGGCUACUAGCAUCUAAAGUCAGCAGAGAUCCAUCGGUACUUACAAUCUUUUCGACGAGUGAAAUCUCUAAUAAACAAGGACUAGUCAAGUGAAUGUGUUUGUCUUGUACGUUUCAGUAAAAUGGAGCUAGAGAACCAAGAAGACCUAGCAACAUUGGGUGACUCAGGAGGAGACUUCGACUGCAACAUAUGUUUGGAUCAGGUUCGUGAUCCGGUCGUGAUUUUGUGUGGCCACUUGUUUUGUUGGCCCUGCAUUUACAAGUGGACUUACUCCACCAACAAUACAAGACAACGCGUCGACCAGUACGAUAAGAAGAAAUCCUCGAAAUGUCCGGUCUGCAAAUCCGAGGUCUCCGACGCUACGCUUGUCCCUAUCUACGGCAGGGGACAGAAAGUCCCCCAGUCUGGUUCAAAUGUACCGAACAGACCAUCUGGUCCGGUUUAUGACUUGAGAAGAGCUGGUCAACUUGUAGGAGAAGGGGGGAGUCAACGGUACAUGUAUAGAAUGCCUGAUCCGGUGGUGGGUGAGGUAUGCGAGAUGGUAUAUCAGAGACUAUUUGGAGAGUCUUCGAGCAACGUGACACCGUACCGGGGAGACCGUUACACAAGUCUCCGGUUAAGGCGUCGGACAAUGCAGGCGGAUGAGUCACUAAGCAGAAUCUAUUUGUUCCUGCUUUGUUUCAUGGUCAUGUGUCUACUUCUUUUCUAAUUGUAUGUCCUCUCAUCAUACAUUGGAAUGAGUAUGCAUAUUAUAUUUACGAGGUAAGUUACAAGUGUGUGUGUGUGUAAGAGCGUUGAAUCUUCUGAUUGUAUGAUUAGAACAUAAUAAUGUGAAAAUCAAGAAACGGCACCGAUUUGCUAUUGUUUA